AUGGCUUGCCGCUAUAGCAUACAGUACUAUACGAGCAUGAUUGAACGCAGUCGCGUGACUCGUGUUUGGAUUCCAUCCCUGGUAAGAAGUUUCCCUCUGCGUAGGGCAGGUGUUUGCUUUGCAGUGCCAUGCACGCCACGUCUCACCCGCACGCAGUUGAGCCCACCCGAUGCAGCCCCUGCACGCUUCCCUGCCCCUCGCGGCACAGGCCAGCUAUCCGAUCCGGCGCCGGCGCGGGGUCAAGCGGCUGCCGGUCGGUGCUCGCACGAACGGCGGCCGGGUGGCGAGGCACGUGCGGCUUGGACGGCGUGUAAGUUGGUCUGUGUGAGGAUUUUAUCCGCGCUUUGUCGACAAGACUCUUUUUGA